AUGGCGACGGAGGAAGACGAGAUCCAGCUGGUGGAUCGGGCGGGCGGCGCGGAGGAAGACGCGGGGAUCUUCGACCGAGACGAGGACCCGCCGCCGUGCCUGAGGAUAGACUACGGCGGCGGGGAGGAGGAGGAGGAGGAGCCGCGAAAACUCCGUUCGUCUCGGAGCAAACGUUGGUACUGGUGGACCACCCUUUUUAUUCUCACGAUAAUGAUGAUCUUACUCAUCGCCGUCCCACUCGGCAUCUGGUCAGACAAACGAAAGGAGACCUGCUUCGACUAUGAAAGCGACGACGAGUCUUCUGAAGAGUACCCGUUUCUAUUUCUCCCCAACAAAGGACAGUUCUUUCUCUGCGAGAAGGGGAAAACAAAGCUAAAGGGUUCCUUGGCGCAGCACCACAGCUACAUAAAGGAAGAACGUGUCGAUGUCUACGUAUACACUGCUGAUACGGUGCUCAACAUCACAAGGAUGAACGAAAACUGUCUCCAGAUGGAAUGGAGCGGUAUAUCGUCGUCCGGCGAACCCCUAGUUGAUUGCUUUGUGAUGAAAACAAACGAUGAAAGUGUGAAGGAACUGAAAGACAUCGAGUGGUUUGGAGCCCACGAGCUCUUCACCCAAACGUGGCCACUCGGCGACAUGAACAUCAACAUGACGCCGUUUCUUCCUCACGACUACCUCUCGUCUUCCGCCUACCAGUCACGAGAGGUCUUUGGUUCCGUACUACACCCACUGUGGUUGGCAUCAAAUGGAGUAGGGAUUCUUGUAGAUCAGGACACUCCACUCAGCGUCAGUAUACACCAGGGGGGCGGAGAGGGAGAAAUAUGCCUCCAAGCUGUCCCCUACGCACUCGAAUGCAUCCCAAGCUCUUUCGAGCUGACUCAUCUCCACUACACGGUGUGUGCCCACGAGUCGAUUGCUACGUCGGCCAAGCAUUUCUUGAGCAAUCACAUCCUCCACCCAAGAGACGUACCUGCGAGAGAAACGUUUAAAGAUCCAAUUUGGUCCACGUGGGGUGCCUUCAAAACCAACAUUGACGAUGAAACUGUUCGGGGCUAUCUCUCUGAAAUAACAAACCGCGGAUUCGGCAUUAGUCAACUGGAGUUGGACGAUGGGUAUGGGGGCAGUGGUAGUGCCUAUGGAAACCUCUCCAUGGCGAUAGACACAAAGGCUCUGUUCCGUGAGUUUGGCGUGCCUCUAACGGCUUGGGUUCACCCCUUCAUUAAUCCCAUGGCCGACAUCUUCAGGGCGGGGAUCGAUGACGACUACUUUCUUCCGGGUAAGAGCAAGAUUGAAGGUGACAGCAUAUCACUAGUUAGAUGGUGGCACGAUUACGGAGCCGUCAUAAAUUUCUUGGACGAAAGAGUGGCAAAUUCUCACAAACAAGCACUGACUCAUUUCGUGAGUAAUUACGGACUGUCUUCGCUGAAGUUUGACGCGGGGGAGGUGACUUACCUCCCAAAGUGCGUCUACACGCAAAACGUCGAAGACCCCGCUGCAUUUACUACCGCCUACGCCGCAUUCGUGGGUAACUUUUCGACCGGCGUCACUCCGCGCUCUGAAGUGAGGGUCGGCUAUUUCUCCCAAGAGCAGCCAAUGUGGGUGAGAAUGCUGGACCGAUCUUCGACGUGGGGCGUGAGCAACGGGUUAAAAUCCGUUCUCACGGCGGCUCUAACGUUUGGGAUAGCCGGUUAUCCAUUUGUACUGCCCGACAUGAUUGGAGGAAACGGGGACGACCCAGCUAAUUUCGGAGAAGUUUAUGUGCCUGAUCCAACCCUCUUUGUUCGCUGGAUGCAACUAAACGCCUUCCUGCCUGUCAUGCAGUUUUCUAUACCUCCGUUCCACGAGAAUUUUACAGACCUUGUUGAGGGUGUCAACGUCACGCAGCAUGCUCUCGAACUCACAGAGCUGCACAGAAGUCUGGCCGACACUUUUUAUAACUUGUCCCUCGAGUCUGUUUGUACGGGUUACCCCAUUAUUCGCCCGAUGUGGUGGAUUGACUCCGGUGGCCUGCUAGUCGAUGAUCAAUUCCUCAUUGGAGAUGACAUCAUGAUUGCCCCGAUUCUAGAAAGUUCCGCCACUUCCCGCUGCGUCUACUUCCCUCCUGACACUCGGUGGACGCGAUACCACGACAACAAGAACACCACUUAUCCUGGUGGUUGUCAGAAUGCGUGUGAACGCGGCUGCCAGUUUGAUGACGUCACUUUGUCAAAGUUUCUGUAUUUCAAGAGAUUUUUUUAG